GGAACUUCUGCGGCGUCGCGCGGGUUCCGGAGGGGCCGUUUCGAGCGCUGCACCGCGGAGCCGGAAGUUGCCCCUGGCUGGGGUUCCGGGCUGGCUUCGGCAUCUGCUACCCCCGCCCGCGAUGGAGGAGACCGAGAUGCAGCUCAAGGUGAAAAAAGUUACAGACAAAUUCACGGAGAGCAUGUACAUCCUGGCCAACGAGCCGUCUGUGGCACUGUACCGGCUGCAGGAGCAUGUCAGGCGCUCGCUUCCGGAGCUCGCCCAGCACAAGGCUGACAUGCAGAGCUGGGAGGAGCAGAGUCAAGGAGCCAUCUAUACCGUGGAGUAUGCCUGCAGCGCCAUAAAGAACAUGAUGGACAGCAGCGUGUAUUUCGAGAGCAUCGACAGGCUGCUCAAGCAUGCCAUCACUGUGAAGGAUCAGCUGAAUUCUGCUCAGGGCCGCAGCGCCGCUGCCCUGCAAGCCCCGAAUCCGCCAGCCAGUUCCUGAUUUCAGACCAGACUGGCCUUUUUCGUCCAGCCCAGCGCUGGAUGGCCUGGGUGCCAAGAGAGGACGCUGUCCACACGCCUUGUCUUUGGGGACAUGCAGGGAUGAGAGCUGCCUACUCCUUUUAAAAGCUUCUGAAGCCAAAGCCACAAGUGAUUAGCCACGAGUGGGGUGUAAAGGCCCAGUGGAGGACUGGGAUCUCCUUGGGCAGAUGUUGUGGCUCUAGCUGAUGUUCUAGAUCCCCCUAGCUCAUUGACUAAUCGCCCUGUUUGUGUAAAGCCAGGGGCUGGGUUGGGGACUUGCCCGUCACAGCCACACCUGUCACAGGCUCCAGGGAGAACGGAGGUGUGCUCUCCCCACCAAUCUCCGGGAGAAAGCCAGCACCGUGGAGGGGCAUCAUGGGGGGAUUUGUGGGGGGCAUCCAGCCUCUCCCUCAUCAAACAAAUGGCAGAAGCAUUACAGUAUCUCAAAAACCAGGUCACAAUAAAGUCUUUUAAAACUACUUGGUAUUGUCCCCCUUUCCCCCUGCUCCCCCGAAUCCCAAAACACCAGAGCUGCCUUCUGCUCCUUUCUCAGUGUUAUGGCCUCUUCAAAGGGAGAAACUGAGGCAGAGAGAAGCUAAGUGUCUUGGCCACGAUUGCACAGCAGGUCUGGCUGUGGCCCCUCUUAGUGUAAGAUCUGAGCACUUCACAGCCUCCCAUGAGCCAGGAGAGGGCUCUUAUUCUUGGUCUACAGAUAGGAACUGGGACCCAGAGAGAUGAAAACCCAGAUCCUCAAAGGUAGUUAGGCGCCUAAUCCCCCUUGAGCUCACUGAUCUGGCCUAAGUGACUAGCCCAAGGUCACGCAGGGAGCCUCCGGCAUAGCAGGGAAUUGAAGCCAGCUGGCCCUAGUCCUGGCACAGCACUGCUGCACCAUCCUUCCUUGGGCACAGCCCUGCCCGGUGUCAUGCUCAGGGUUUGUUGGCUGAAGGGCUGUCCAGAAGUUACGCCGCAGCCAGGCUGCAAACAGGAUUCCGGUCCCACCACUGCAGGAAUAAACCUGGACUCAGGAACCUGGGGACGCCGGCUGGGAAGCAAGCGAUCCUGGCAGCCUGACCUAUGAAUAGGUUUUCAGCAACCUCCAAAGCACCGGGGGGAGGCAGGUGCCAGAGCAUUCUCGAUGAAAUGCGCGAGUUCUGUGUGGGGCCGAGCCCUCCCUCCCGGCGGAAUGAGAUCCCAGCGUUUGCAGAGAAAUGAAAAUGCUUGCCUGCUAAAUAGACGGAAACACCGCAGCAGAACAAGCCAAUGGCAAGGUGCCGAAUCAUCCGGCUGUCCAACAGGAACCAGUCAGCUCUGCAAAACAGGAGAGAGAAAGACUUCAGUGGUAAAAUAGAGCAGUAUCUAGUGAUGCCCACUGCCUUUAUCCCAGUGCAGUAUCAUUUUAAUCUGAUCAGAAACAGCUCUACCAGAGGCCUUUCCUGCACCUGCAAGGGGAUUGACUCUGUCCCCUAGUGACCCCAAGAUCUUAUAUUCUCUGAGGCUAUAUAAAGCAGUGCAGAGCAUCUAUAUCAAGGCUCCAAUAUUCAAAUCGAUCUAAGAGGCUGGGGUUUGGAUCUAGUUUGAUGGCCCAGGCUAGGGGUUUCUACACACUGUAAAGCACCUCAGUCCAAAAAUCCGGACUUGGGGUGAAAAGUGCAUUGGCUGCAGGUUCUGGAGCGUCUCAGAGAUGCCAUGAUGCGUUUUAAGCCCUAAACUUGCCUCCUAGGGAGCCGAAUUCUCCUCUCAGCCAUGUGCAUGGGGCCAUCUCCUCUGGUCUCUGCGGCACAGAACACUGAUGUCGCUGGAAGUGUCACGUGCAGGGGGAGUCAUGUAACUAAGCCCAGAUCUGCUGUGGAGCUUGGAGAGGAGAGGAUUGCCUGGGCAGUUCUACUGUGGUGGGGGGCAAGGCUGUCUUCAUUUCAAUAUCUUUCCUUCCUGUCCCCCCACCCACUGGUUUGUUGGCUGAGAAAUGAAAACCAAAGACAGACAACCCACAGUUGAUGAAUGAGCUUGAGGUUCAGCCAGCCAGCAGAGGGAGCCCACAUUCACCACCUUUCCAAACACGGAUGAUGCAACUACAUAACAGAAGCAAACAAAGCAAGAGCCGUAUUUGCUCAACAUUUCUGCAGGGAGGGAGUAAACCUAAAGAGGCUGCAAGCUGGAAAAGAAGGCACAGGCUGGUGGGAGAAAGAAAUAUUUCAACGCUUCUUAAAGACUAUUGCAAGAAAUGAAGAGCAAAGAAACAAGAUGAUGCAUUAGUCCAUAAGUCUAUCGCCCUUUAAAAGAGCAUGAAAGGGUGAAGUGCUGUUGCAGUGAACUAAGCAAAGCCAGGUUGCAUUUUCAUCCUCGGUGCUGAAUUGCUUUGCUUAACUAGCUGUGUUAAUUUAGAUUCACAUUUUGGAAGGGGGUGACCUUCUUUCUGAACGGUGCAUAAAACAUCAAAGGCCAGCUCCUAUCCAGGCACAUAUUCCAUGCUCCUCAUGGUAGUAUCUGAGCCCUUCCACUUGAUAGAUUCAGCUUGUUCCAAUUGUGACACUGGAGGGUUUCUGUGGGCGCACAGACUCCCUUGAGACUUGCCAGGAGCCCUGCCUCUAGACGUUAGUGAGCAUGCACUCAAUAGCUGUUGUUGUCCACCCUGCGAAAGCUGCUUGAGAUUGUUUGUUCCCUUCAUUGCAGCUGAGGUGACCUACAGAACCUCAGCACUCCUCUUAUGGCACUUCAUGGGCCAUCAUCACCGAAGGAAGCCCGCACGUCAGCCUCUUGUUAAUUGUGAGAGCGGAACAUAGUCAUGAAAGGAGGUGACACAAUGGGAAAAGGACACAAAGUGCUGUAGGCUUAAGCGUGGUUAAAGGUUGUGAUUGAAAGAUGCUCCAGCACAACUGUCGCUGUAGGAGACAAGGAAAGGAUUGUGUAGCUCAUCCAGGAGAGACAGAUGGCGGAUUGUGAUGUUGGAAUGACUGACACAGGGAGCGGUUUUCACAUUGCUGAGCAGGAUGGGUUGGCAACCCCUGGGAAGCGGCGCUCUGUAUCUGUUCUGAGCAAUACAUGCACACACACCCUCCUUGGCAAUGCGUGCAGUGGCCUUGACACUGAGUAACUGCCCCAGGGGUUGAAGGGCACCUCAGUCUCCUAGGUCCAGGCAGUCCUUGGCCUCAAAAAUGGAUGGCAAAGGGGCCAGUUAGUGCUGAUAGUGGUGGUUGUCUUUGUAAUGUGGACAUCUGUCCAUUGGGAAUUGACUUGAGACCUAACAACUCAUGACAUGCAAGAGCCAUUGGAUUGCCUUCAGCCGGGAAUGAGUUUGGGUCUUUUUGUUCUGAAGUGAGCGAGUGUCUUUCCUCGCCUUCUCCCUCCAUCACUUCCCUCUUGGGAGAGCUUUGGCAAGGACUUGGGAGGGUCAGUGAGAUCAGGUGCUGGGAAAAACUACCCAGGAGAGUUUGAUCUCUGGCAUUCAGCCCUGCUGGUUCAGAAGGGCUGGUCAACCUAUGGUGUGUGUGUGGGAGUCCUCUGGACCCCCCCAGUCUGAGAAAGCAGGAGAGUAACAGCUCUGCUUGCCUCUGGAGUAACUGCAUAAGGAACAAGUGAGAGAGAAGGGACUUUAACUCACAGUUCUCUAGCCACCAGCUGAUGAAAGCAGUGAUAAGUCCACUUGAGGACCAGCCACCUCAUAGGCAACACCAACGAUGCUCCAGCCAGCGUGACCAAAAUUGCACAAUGCUUUUCUUUAGAAUCUGGCUACCUAGGGUUUGCAGGCAUGAAAAAGGCAAUGGGGGAAAGCCUCCAAAUGCUGUCCCUAGAACUGCCCCUGUAGGGAACGGCCCUUCCCCUGGCUGGGAGGUUAUAAGGUGGAUGAGAUGGGGGCCACAGGGUCUGUUCUGUGCUGAACUCCUGGGAUGUCUGGGCCUGUCUAGUGCUGGGAGUUUGCAGUCAGGAGCUGUUAAUAGAACUUGGAAGGGCUCCUGCUCCUCGUUCAUUGUUGGGGAAGAGAAGCCACUUUGUUUUAUUAAUUACAUGAUUUGGGGGAUUAGUGGGGGGGAGGAACAGCCUUUGUUUAGAGCAGGCUGGGGCUAUUGAGCGCAGAGCUGGAAACUGGAGCAGUAAUUCAGCGUGACAGGCCCAACGUGGGAAAGCCUCCUGCUACGUGAGCAGAUCCCCUAAUGAAACCGGAGCCCCGUCUCCCUGCUCCCCUCGGGGGAUAGGGCUGUCCCGCAGAGAUGGGGCUGGGCAGGAUGAAAACACAAGUUCCGACAUGGGGAGACAAUAGCUAAUCGCAUGUCAAUGGGGGAGAAGGGGCUGUGAGAAUUAACCCUUCACGGGCUGGCAUUUUUUAGACUAACAGUAUUUUCCAUUCUAGGAUCUCAAAGCAAUUUGCAAACAAACAUUAUUUGAGUGUCACAACCCUACCCCUCCCCCCCCAAGUAGGGGUAUAAUCCCCACAUUACAGAUUGGGAGACUGAGGCACAGAGAAGUGACGUGACUUGCUCAGGAUCGCCCAGCAAGAGUGGCAGAGAGAACAGGACCCAGGAGUCCUGAUUCCAAGGCCUCUGUUCUAACCACACUGCCUUCUGUCAGCCCUCCAGGCCACUCAGCUCUCGAGACGCCCAUGCCCUCAGCAGCAGAAGGGUGAAGAAAUAACAGCCUCUCACCUUGCUUAAGAACUGUGGCGGGGUGGGGGGCGCGAAGCUAAUUUAGGACAAACUAUUUAAGCCAAAUUGGUUGUGGGGGGCUUUCCUGGAGCCUGGCCCAGUAGCAGCAAGGUGCAUGGCCCAAGCACUGGGAUUGGAUUGGAGGACGGAUCUAAAUCCCAGGUCACCACCUCUGGUGCACUGGCUCCAGCUGUCCCAUAGGUGGGCAGCCCUUUGCUGAAUGGCAUAGUCAUAGCCGCUCUCCGGCGCCCCCGCCCCCCCACCAGGCUGCUCUUUUGCCCUCGUGGGCUCAGAAUAAAUUACUGACAAAAGAACCUGGGACAUACUCAAUUUUUAUACAGGGAAAUCCAGAACCUUUCUGUAUUCUGGUGUUGGAAGCAGGCUGAGUCCAGCUAGACGGGUCACAGAAACAUCCUCUGAAUUUCCUUAGCUCUUUUAAUUUCGAGCUCUUUAAUCACAUCAGUUAAUUAAGUCUCUCAUCCCACUGAGACAGAUAGUUACUGUCCCUGUUCUACAAACAGGGGAAACUGAGGCACAAAGAGGAGAAGUAGCUUGCUUCAGGGUCACAAGGUGAUUCAGUAGCAGGGCUGAAAAUAGAACCCAGGAGUCCUGAUUUCCAGUUUGCUGAGCUCAGAUGGGCCGCUGCAGCUUGGGUCUGUUUCAUUUCCCCUCACAGCGAGACCACUGUCUGCAGCCGAAGAGGAUUAUUCUGCUCCUUGGGGAUGUGGGAUCAGAUGAGUGCCCUGUUUCCAUUGUCUGAGGCCUUGCCUUUAGAUGCUUAACCCUGUGCAAGAUGCACCUGCAGUUAGCUAGGGCUCUCUUCCCAGCCCUUCCCAAGCGGUUGCACUCGGUCUCCCCUACGCAGAAACAUGGCAGAGAGCUAUGGCUGGCAAGCUCAGAGCUUAACAAGGAACAGAAACAGGAGCAAUUGGGACUGGAGCUGGUGAGGGAUAGGAGAACCCCCAUCGCCCCAGCAGGGUUCAAACGGCAACACCUGCGGGCAGAGUGGGGCAACAGGCAGCCUGUGUCACAGAAUGGCCUGUGACUGCAGCAAACCAGCCAAAUGGUGGCGAGGCAGCUGCUCUGCUGAGACCCAAAGGCUCUUGAGUACUGUGCCCAGGACAUGAGCAGCCAUGUUCAGCCCUGCUUCCUUCUCCCACCAGCACACUAGAUACAAACUCGUCCUGUCAGCCAGUGCUGGGUUCCGAUUACCCAGCCAGCUCCUCUUCUGCAACCAUCUGUCUCUCACUUUGGUUUUAAUGGGAGCAGUUUGCACUAGGCUGUAAGCUUGACUAGAAGCCCUACAAUAAAGACGUGCUUCUUCUGGAGCAUCCAAGGGUCUUCACAAACAUGGAUUAACUGAACCUUGCCAUGUGUGUGGGAGGAAGGCAAUAGGGUUCUUUAGCUCAGUGGUCUCCAAACUGGGCUGCGCGCACCCCAGGGGGUGCGUGGCAGCAGGAGCACCGCCGGACAGCACUCCGCCAUUUUUUUAGUUCGGCGGCAGCUCUGCACAUCCAUGGCUGGUGUUCCCCUCCGGUGGCGCAUCUGCGGCAAGUCUUCCAAUCUUCCGUCGGCGGCACGUCUGCGGCAGGUCUACUGACCCUGGGGGUGCGCGAGCCAAAAAGUUUGGAGACCACUGCUUUAGCUCUCCGAGAUGAGGCCUAGAAAGGGGACGUGUCUUGCCCAGGGUCACACAGCCAGUCCGUGGCAAAGCUGAGAGUAGAACCCAGAAGUCCUGAGUCUCCAUCUCCUCUAUCCAUUAGUGACAUUCCAUCUCUGUAAGCAAGGAUCGAAUUACUUCAGGAUCGUUGUGGUGUGAUUAAUAGAUUUUUAAAGCCAGAAGGGACUGCUAGGAUCACUGAGUCUGGCCUCCUGACAGCACAGGCCAGAGAAUUUCACUCAUCACACUCUUUUUUGCAUCCGGCCCAUAACUUCCGGUUGAGCUAGAGCAUCUCUUUUAUAAAGACAGCCAGUCCCCAAGUCAUGAAGACUCCCCGACACCUGGAGGUGUAGGGAAGCUGUUUCAAUAGUUCAGUGAAGGUAGGAUAAGAAAUAAUGGGCUUACUUUGCAGCAAGGGAGAUUUAGGUUAGAUAUUAGGACAAACUUUCUAGCUAUGAGGGUAGUUAAGCUCUGAAACAGGCUUCCAAGGGAGAUUGUGGAAUCCCUGUAAUUGGAGAUUUUUUUAGAACAGGUUGGACAAACACUUUUCAGGGAUGGCCUAGGGUUACUUGGUCCUGCCUCAGUGCAGGGGGCUGGAUGUGAUGAUCUCUCGAGGCCCCUUCCAGCCCAACAUUUGUAUGUUUCUAAGAUUACCCGCACUGUACAAAUUGGGCACCUUAUUCCUAGUCUGAAGUUAUCUAGCUUCAGCAUCUAGCCAUUGGAUCUUGUUCUGCCUUUGCUAGAGUCAAGACCCUUCUGCUAUCAGAAAUCUUCCCAUUAUAGAUUCUGAUCAAGUCACCUCAACCGCCUCUUCGUUAAACUAAGUAAACUGGACUUCUUUGGUCUCUCUCUGUGAGGCAGGUUUUCCAGACCUUGUAUUGUUCUUGUAGCUCUCUUCUGAACCUUUCCAACUUACCAACUUUCUCCCUAAAGACUGGACACCAGAACCACUCUCGUCAAUGCCAUACCCAAGGGUAAGAACAUCUGCCUACAUCCACUCAGUGUUUUCAUGCGUAGACGUUCUAGGAUUGUACUUGCUCUCCUAGCCACCACAUGGCAAAUAACCAACUGAACAUGAGCUUGCAAUGACCCCUAAAUCCAUUAAUGAAUCACUGCUUUUCAAAAUACAGCCCCCAAUCCUGGAAGUGUGACCUGCAUUCUUCACACCUAGAUGUAUGACCUUGCAUUUAGCUAUCUAAUUAGCUGAUUGACCUGUUUCAGUUUUAAUGGGGGAUUUCAAGGUGAAUUGCAGAGCUUUGAAAAUAAAUAAAACUUUUAAGAACUGAACUCAGUAUUAGGUGCUGGGUCAAAUUUACAGGUGGUCAGGAAUUUUGCCAUCAAUGUUUUUUCCAAUGGAAAAUGUGGUUUCCACAAAAUCAGACUUUUCAACAGGACAAUUUUGGUUUUGCAGAAGUGGUUCAAUUUUCUGUUGGGAAAGUCAAAUUAAGUUUUGGUUUGGAUUGUUUGGACCCAAACUGAAAUAUUUUUGGAUUGUUGAACUGACCCAAAAUGUUUAGUUUUUCAUUAGUUCAACAUUAAACUGUAUUUCCCUAUUGUGCAGGUUGUCAUAUGGGAGUUGUAAUUUGGGUCCCAUUGUUUGCUAUGGGCUGGACUCCCUGGUCCAACUACAUAUUCCACGAUGCAAUGCAGUUUUCCCUCCAACUCCGCGGUAUGGUCCACCACAAGUCAUGCGGCUGCAGACACAGGCUGGGAGAUGUAAUCUACCAAGGGAGCCUGGUCCUCAAGGCAGAACAGGGCCAUGUGGCUUUUGAACUACAACUCCCGUGAGGCAAUGUGCCUCCACAAGGAAAUGAAAUUUAACGUUCAACAGACUUGAGUGAAGCUUUUCAGAUUGGUGUAACAAUCCACAACAAAAUAUUUUGAUUCGAGAAAUGUCAGUUUCAUUUUGAUUGGAAAGGCCAAAACUACAUGUUUUGUCAUUUCCAAAUUGACCUUUUUUGAAAUUCUUUGUUCCACGAAAAAUUUAGAUGUGUAACAUUUUGUCUCGAUGUAGGAUUAAAACAAAAUGUUGAAAUACUGGAAUUUCCUGCAGGAUGGAAAUUCUGAAUUUCACUCAGCUGUAGUCCAAUUGAACCCUAGUGUGAAUCCACUGUAGUCCGUGGAGUUAGUUACACCGAGGGGCCUAUACAUGCAGACGUCGAUAAAUUUUCACACCAAAUAUUUGCAAAUCGCUUUCUCUUUUUACUUCCCAGCCAAGGUGAGGUGCAUGUGUUUGGCCAAAACCAGCCCUGCAUCAACCAUGCAGGUGACGCAGUGAACCCAGGCAGGGUUCCUGGCAGGCGAAGGAAAGAGGCAGUGUUCAGAAAUGUUUUUGCAGAUGUAAAUGUGCUGGCAAUUAUUAAGUCGACAUGUGUCUCUGGGUUAAUGAUUUGGGGGUCUUUAGUCAUAUUCCUGUGCAGGCUGCUUUUAAAAACACCCAGAAACCAGUCAAGAGAAUCCAGCUUGCCAAUUCCUAAAAAAUGGGGGGUGGGACGACUUAUAAACACUGCAAAUAAGAACAGAAUUUUGGGCAAGAUCUCCAGCUGGGGUAAACAGAUGCAGGAUCUGGCCAGCUGGCCUUCUUUUCUGACUUUGCACUUCCUACUAUAGAAUCUGCUAAGUAUCUGGGAUGCUAAUGAAUUGCAGUGUUAGCUGUGGGUGUGAGAGGCGGCAGGGGAAGGGCGGGGUAUAAACCCUAAGAUAUCUUCUGUGUCAGUGUAGGUUUGAAGCUGUGGUGCCUGGAGAGCUGGCUGGGCAUGGGGUGCUGGCUCCCCUCUCGUCCAGCUGCUUCUACAGGUGCCCAGGCUCUUCACUGCAAAUGAGCCAGCAACAGCAGCUAGAAACACGGAAGAGGAGCUAAGCUGAGCCACGGCUAGCAGUCAGUGGGCCUGGUACUACCAGCCACCCCUGGCAAUCAGGAUUCCUGGGUUCUCUGCCACUGACUCGCUCUGUGACCUUAGGGCAUGCCAUUUAAUCUCUGUACCUCAGUUUUCCUGUAAAACAGCUCUCAUAGCAUUUAGGCUCUUGGAUGCCUCAGUUCAUUGAUGUGCUAAAACUGCUUUGAGAUCCUCAGGUGGAAAGCACUACAGAAGGUUAAAAUCGUCAGUGCUCAGCUAAUGUAUUGCCCCUCUCCCCCAGUCUACAAGGGAUUGUGUGUGCUAAUGUCUCCUCUAGCCCUCUGCUGAUGCUCCAAUGCGGUCUCUCUCAGGCAAGCAUUGCUGUCUAAAGACU